AUGGCCCGGAGUCGGCCCGUGUCCAGUUGGACACUAUUUCUCUCAUUAGUGGUCUUGAUUGGAUGCAUUGUUGUCCCCGGUUUGACGGUAAAACACGAAAAUUUCAAAACAUGUGCCCAAUCCGGAUUCUGCAAACGCAACAGAGCUCUUGCCGAUGAUGCCUCCGCUCAAGGAGCAUCUUGGAGCUCUCCCUACGAGCUUGACCCCUCCACUGUUCUGUUCAAGGACGGCCAAUUGACCGGAAUCUUGAUUAAGACCACUACGAAUAAUGAAAAAGUCCGCCUUCCUGUCAUUCUAUCCUUCCUCGAAUCUGGCGCCGCGCGCUUGAUUGUCGAUGAGGAGAAGCGCAUGAAGGGUGAAAUCGAAAUUAGACACAACAGCAAGAUCAACAAGAAGCGCUAUGACGAAUCCGAGCAAUGGGUUCUUGUUGGAGGAUUGGAAGCCAGCAAGUCGGCUGCGUUGAACGCAGACGCUGAAGCAGGUUUCACCAAGGUCCAGUAUGGCCCAGGUGACAAGUUCCAAGCUGUGAUUCGUCAUGCACCCUUUGAGGUUGAAUUCCAGAGGGACGGCGAGACUCAUGUGCAGCUGAACCACCAGGGUCUGUUAAACAUGGAGCAUUGGCGCCCCAAGAUCGAGAAAGAGGGCGAGAGCGAGAGCGAGUCAGCGGAGGAUGAAAGCACAUGGUGGGAGGAGAGCUUCGGUGGAAACACUGACUCAAAGCCCCGUGGCCCUGAGAGUGUUGCCCUUGAUGUGACGUUCCCUGGUUACAACCAUGUGUUUGGAAUUCCCGAGCACGCGGACUCCCUCUCCCUCCGAGAGACACGAGGCGGCCCUGGAAACCAUGAGAACCCAUACCGCAUGUACAACUCGGAUGUCUUUGAGUAUGAACUCAACAGUCCCAUGACCCUCUAUGGCGCGAUUCCCUUCAUGCAGGCGCAUCGUAAGGAUUCCACUGUCGGCGUUUUCUGGCUCAAUGCCGCUGAGACUUGGGUGGACAUUGUCAAAAAAUCUACCUCCUCAAACCCACUCGCCUUGGGCUCUAAGUCGAAGACUGACACACAGACUCACUGGAUUUCUGAGGCUGGCCAAAUUGAUCUCUUUAUCUUCCUUGGACCCACCCCACAGGACAUCAGCAAGACAUACGGUCAACUCACUGGCUACACUCAAUUGCCCCAGCACUUUGCAAUUGCCUACCACCAGUGUCGCUGGAACUACAUCACUGAUGAAGACGUCAAGGAUGUGGAUGCCAAGUUCGACAAGCACCAGAUCCCUUACGAUGUGAUCUGGUUGGACGUUGACUACACAGACGACCGCAAGUACUUUACUUGGGAACCACUUUCUUUCCCCAACCCCAAGGGUAUGCAAGAACAGCUUGCUGAAUCCGAGCGUAAGCUGGUCGUUCUUAUCGAUCCACACAUCAAGAACAAGAACGAUUAUUUUGUUUCUCAAGAGCUCAAAAGCAAGGGCUUGGCUGUUCUUAAUAAAGACGGUGACAUUUAUGAUGGUUGGUGCUGGCCCGGUUCUUCGAACUGGGUCGAUUGCUUCAAUCCUGCUGCCAUUCCGUGGUGGAAGAGCCUUCACAAAUAUGACAAGUUCCAAGGCUCGCUUUCUAACCUGUUCAUUUGGAAUGAUAUGAGUGAGCCAUCUGUUUUCAACGGGCCUGAAACCACCAUGCCCAAGGACAACAUUCACUACGGCGACUGGGAGCACCGUGAUGUUCAUAAUGUGAACGGUCUUACCCUAGUGAAUGCCACUUACCAGGCUUUGCUGGAGCGCAAGAAGGGCGAGAUCCGUCGGCCAUUCAUCCUGACUCGCUCCUACUAUGCUGGGGCCCAGCGCUAUGCUGCCAUGUGGACUGGUGACAACCAGGCUACUUGGGAUCAUUUGGCCAUGUCAUUGCCAAUGGUUCUCACUAAUGGCAUUGCAGGAUAUCCUUUUGCCGGUGCUGAUGUUGGUGGUUUCUUCCACAACCCUGACAAGGAGCUGCUGUCGCGGUGGUACCAGGCUGGUAUCUGGUACCCAUUCUUCCGUGCACACGCUCACAUUGAUACUCGGCGUCGCGAGCCUUACUUGAUCAGUGAGCCCCACCGAACCAUUAUUUCCCAGGCCGUCCGCUUGAGAUACCAACUUCUGCCCGCUUGGUAUACUGCAUUCCAUGAAUCCUCCCUGAAUGGUAUGCCAAUUGUGCGCCCUCAGUACUACGUUUUCCCUGAAGAUGAGCAAGGCUUUGCCAUCGAUGACCAGCUGUAUCUGGGCGAUACUGGUCUUCUUGCGAAGCCUGUGGUGACUGAAAAUACCUUUACCACUGAUAUCUAUAUCUCCGACGACGAGAAGUACUACGACUACUUUGACUUCACUGUCUAUCAGGGUGCGGGCAAGAGACACACUGUCCCUGCCCCCGAGGAUAAGAUUCCCCUGUUGAUCCAGGGUGGUCACAUCGUCCCCCGACGAGACCGACCUCGUCGCAGCAGUGCCCUCAUGAGAUGGGAUCCGUACACCCUUAUCCUGACUCUGAACAAGAACGGCGGAGCUGAUGGCACUCUCUACUUUGAUGAUGGCGAGACAUUCGACUAUGAGCGAGGCGCCUACAUUCACCGCCAGUUCCGCUUCCGCGGCUCUACUCUGUCAUCUGAGGACCUUGGCACCAAGGGACCUAAGACCGCUGAGUACUUGAAGACGACGGCCGGCGUCACGGUGGAGCGUGUUAUUGUAAUUGAUCCUCCUAAGACUUGGAAGGACAAGAGUACUGUCACCGUCAUUGAGGAUGGUGCUAAGACAGCAUCCACCGCAUCGCUAGACUACUUUGAGCAGAAGGAUGGCAAGGCAGACUACGCUGUUGUCAAGAGCCCGAAUGUUGGGAUUGGAAAGUCGUGGCAGAUUGAAUUCUAA